UGUGACUGAAUGGGCAGUUGUGGAAAAUUAAUGAAAAAAAAAAACAAACAAAAAAAAUUGAGUCACGCUGUUCAAUUUUUUCUUUGAUGCAUUCAUCAUCACCAUCAAGACAUCAAGUUGGGACGUUCUUCUCUGCUGCAAGGGUCUAAAAAGUCAGUGCAGUGAAAACGGACGAUCCGAAGAAUAUUACCCUCUCACAUCUCUCUAUAACAUUAAUCAUCAAAUCAGUUUGAUCUUAUGUCAAUGAAGAAUUUUUAGACAAAAACCCAGAUUCACGAAAAAACCUUCAAGCGGAGAAAAAGACAACGACUUUUCAUCUCUACGCAAGUGAUUAUGGCGGUUGCUGAGAAUGUUGGGGCCAAAAUCGGUUCUUCGAGUCAGAGUUUGGACAGCGGUGUAGUGUCUGCGGAUUCGAGUGAGGUCGAGAAAUCGAAAACGAGAAGCGAUCAGAAUCUGACCAACGGUGUGUUCACCCAUCAACAGCAUCCAGAUAGAGUUCCCAGCUCUACGACAGUUCCUAACGGAAAUUACAGCUACAAUACUCAGAUGCACGCAAGUGGGGUGAACAACGAUGGGUAUGGGAUGAAUGGGGUCAUGAGUGGGGAGAAUGGGGGUGACAGUUUCAAGCAUGACAUGAGGGAUUUGGAAGAGCUUUUAUCAAAGUUGAACCCCAUGGCUGAGGAAUUUGUGCCCCCAUCACUAACCAAUACUCAUGGCUUUUUAGCUGGACCUAAUACUGGGUUUGGUUACACUAACAAUUUUAUGCUGCCGAAUAACUUUGGCAGUGCUAAUGGACAAAUUAACAAUAGAAGGAGGAAGAAUGGCUAUAAUCCUGGGAAGCGAAGAGUGAAUCAUAAAAUGGAUAUGGAGAAAAGAGAAGAGAUGAUUCGGAGGACCGUUUAUGUGUCUGACAUUGAUCAACUGGUUACUGAAGAGCAGCUGGCUGCUCUCUUUCUCAACUGUGGCCAGGUUGUUGAUUGCCGUGUAUGUGGAGAUCCUAAUUCUAUUCUUCGAUUUGCUUUCAUUGAGUUUACAGAUGAAGAUGGAGCAAGGGCUGCCUUGAGCCUGUCUGGUACCAUGCUUGGAUAUUACCCACUGAGAGUGUUGCCUUCAAAAACUGCCAUUGCACCUGUGAAUCCAACAUUUUUGCCUAGGUCUGAAGAUGAAAGGGAAAUGUGCUCAAGAACUAUUUAUUGCACAAAUAUCGACAAGAAGCUUACUCAAGCAGAUGUCAAACACUUCUUUGAAUCUAUUUGUGGAGAGGUUCAUCGCUUGAGGCUUCUUGGGGAUUAUCAUCAUUCAACUCGAAUUGCAUUUGUAGAGUUUGCACUGGUAAUUACUUGCUAACUUUUCAAAUGUAUUGUUUUCUUUUGAGUCAACUCUUGUUUACUUAGCUAUUUUUUGUAUUGUCUAUUGGAGUGCUACUCUCCUAUUCCCGCCCCCUCCCCAGAACGGAA